ACGUAGAGGAAGAAGAGGAGAAAGAGGAGGAAGGAGCCGGAAGCAUGCAUCUGUCAGGUCGGUAACAUAAACAGUCCAACACUUUGAAUGGAACAAAACAAGACCUGCUGCUCGGACCAGAGACUGUAUGACUGUUUGAGACAGCAGCAUGGACCCGCCAGACUCUGGAGGACUGGAUGCUGCCGGUCCCGGCUCGGAGCAGAGUCCCAAACCCGAGCUCUCUGCAGCGAUGCGGGCUAAAAUCGAGCGGAACCGGCAGCGGGCGUUGAUGCUUCGGCAAGCCCGACUAGCGAGCCGCCCUUUGUCCGCCGCGGAGGGCGCAACCACGGCUAAAGUGUCCAAGACCAUCGACUCCGGGGCCGGCUUCUUCAUCGAGGAGGAGGAGGAUGGAGAGGAAGAGCAGAGGACCAGGAAGGUUGUGCAUCAGCCAGCUCCAGUGAUUGAGCCAGAGUACCUGGUCUGCGAUGACUGUCAGAAACCCUUUAUGGACUCGUACCUCAGCAACAGCUUUGACCUGUGUGUCUGUGACAAGUGCAGGGACAAUGAGGUGAAACAUAAGCUGAUCUCCAGAACUGAAGCCAAGCAGCAUUACCUGCUGAAGGACUGUGACCUGGACAAGAGAGAACCUCCACUCAGGUUUAUUCUGAAGAAAAACCCUCACAACCCACGCUGGGGAGACAUGAAGCUCUACCUCAAAGUACAGGUGGAGAAGAGAUGUAUGGAGGUGUGGGGUUCAGAGGAGGCUCUAGAGGAGGCCAAAGAGACGAGAGAAGAGAACAGAGAGGUGCAGAAACAAAAACGUUUCAACAAGAAGGUCAAAGAGCUGCGCAGGGCGGUGAGGAGCAGCAUGUGGACCAAAGACACCAGCGUUCACCAACAUCAGUAUGGACCAGAGGAGGUGGUGGAUCCCGAGGAGGACCUCUACAAGAAAACCUGCACCACCUGUGGACAUGAACUCACCUACGAGAAGAUGUAGCAACACACGCCAACACUGACUGUUACAGGUUUAGCCUUUCAUAAACCCUCUCUCCCGUAAGCUGUCUUUCUAUGGCAUUUGUUUUUCUAUUUAAUUAAUAAAACACUCCGUCUUGAUCACACACAAGGGGCCAUAUCACUCUCCAUUUAACACACAAAGACUUUCAGUCUGUCAGAAGUCUUGUCUAUUUUAAACAGCCGUUGACCUCAACUUAACUCUCACUGUAUAUUUUUAGAAAUAACUGCAGAUUUCCCCUCUGGUCCACUGCCUAAUGCUACACUUCCUGUUUCUUUUGUAGCGCAUAGAUUCAGUCUUGCUGUGGGGAAGUCAAAUAUUGAAACUUAAAAACACUGUCUUGUGUGAAGUAAAAAUGUGAAUUUUGAGAAGGAAGUUUAUGUUUUUGGACACACGUCUGUGGCUGAAUCCAAAUGCAGGCGAAGUCCUCGCAGAUUUCAGUCAUAUGUACCACGAUGUGUUCACGGUCAUUAAGUCGAAACAUUAAAAGAUCACUCAUUUCACUUGAUGAUAAAAGGACUGGUGCUAUGGGUUUGCUCAGGAGUUAUUCUGAUUUCCUCACUGAUCAGAAUGAGAUUUAAUGUGUUAAAUGUGUCAAAAAACAUUUUGUAACAUGAAUUGAAUAAAUCAUGGACAGAUUCUAUUAAACAGUGUGAUUAUGCUUC